AUGUCAUAUUUUUGGAUGGGGGAUGGCACCCACAAGGUGCCCUUCUCCAUGCACCGGCGGCAUCGGGAGGAGGUCGCGCGCAAAAUUCGUGAAGAGCAUCCGGCAGUUAAGGGUACCAGAACGUUCCUGCUGAUGAAGGGUGGUGGCGAGCAGUCACUAUACGACACCGAUACGACGUGGGACUUCCGGCAAGAGGCUAACUUCCAGUAUCUCUUCGGCGCCAAGGAGCCGGGACUCUGGGGCGGCAUUGACAUCGACAGCGGAAAAGGCUACCUCUUCAUCCCCAAACUCGACGAAAUCUACGCGACCUGGCUAGGGCCCAUUCGAACGAAGGAGCACUUCAAAAAUUACUACGAGGUGGAGGACGUUUUGUAUCUGGACUCGGAGGAACUGAAAGCGUUUAUGCACAAGCACACCCGGGGCAUUGUGACUCCUAUUGGAACGAAUCUCGACUCCGGAUCUCGCUCAUUCAACGAGCACUCAAAAGCAACGUUCAUGAAGGAGAAUUCCCUUUCGCCGCUAACGACCGCAAGCGAGCACUUCUCCAGCAUCGUCUGGACGGUGCUGAACGAAUCCCGUGCAGUAAAAGACGCCGACGAGAUCCGCAUCCUGGAGUUCGCGUGCAAGGUGAGCGCGCAGGCUCACAUCGCGGUGAUGAAGAAGGUGUACCAAACGCACACGAACGAGGUGCUCUGCGCACCCUCCACCUCGCCCACGCACCGGCCGUGGCCGGCCAUGCAGAUGGUCAAGAGCAAGGAGUACUUGUCCGAAGCGGAAUUUAAGUACCAGUCCUUCCUCCGCGGCUGCGCCCGGGUGGGCUACACCUGCAUUUGCCCCUCGGGCGAGAACAACGCCGUGCUGCACUACGGACACGCGGCGGAGCCGAACAUGGAGGACGUGCAGUCCGGCGAGAUGAAGCUGCACGACAUGGGGGCCGAGUACCACUGCUACACCUCGGACAUCACGGUGAGUUUCCCCGUCACGGGGAAGUUCACGGACGCGCAGCGACGCAUCUACUCCGCCGUGUGGAGCGCUGUGCAGGCGGUGGAGCGGCGGCUGCGGCCGGGCGUGCGGUACGGCGACAUGCACAAACUCGCGCAGCGCACGCUGCUGCACAGUCUGAAGGGCUUCGUGUUUCUCGAAACCGCCGACGUGGAGGAAAUGAUGAAAUAUGACCUGGCGGGGUUCUUCAUGCCCCACGGCCUGGGCCACAUGCUGGGGCUGGCGGUGCACGACGUGGGCGGGUACGUGCCGGGGGAGAGCCGGAAAAACUACCCCGACAUAAAGCAGAACCUGCGACUAAACCGGGAGCUGAAGGAAAACAUGGUGCUCACCGUGGAGCCCGGGUUCUACUUCAUUCCGCACUGCAUCCGCCAGGUAUUUCAGGACGAGGGGAAGAAAAAGUUCAUGAAAAUGUCGGAGGCGACACUCCUGCAACAGAUGACCAAGGAGGUUGGAGGCGUACGCAUCGAGGACAAUGUGCAGAUAACAAAAACGGGCUGCCGCGUGCUGCACACCACGCCGCGCGAAAUCGAGGAAAUUGAAGGGGUCAUGCAGGGUAAGUUCGAGUGGGACUUUGAAGUCGAGUGCCUGCGGGAAUACAACGGAGCCGCGGGUGGCGGCAGCCCCAUGGCGAACGGUGGGGAUCACGGUGGGACGCCCUCCAAGAAACAGAAGACUUCCAGUGCGUAG